CAACGAUGGGUAAGCUAAUCACCGUUGCAAGCUGUUCUCUCAACCAGUGGGCGCUCGACUUCGACGGCAAUACCGAACGCAUCCUUGAGAGUAUACGGCAAGCUAAAGCUGCAGGAGCAAAACUUCGAGUCGGUCCGGAAUUGGAGGUCUGCGGCUAUGGUUGUGCCGAUCACUAUCUUGAAGGCGAUCUCUUCCUCCAUUGCUGGGAAUCGUUAGCCACGAUUAUCAGUAACCCAGAUGUCAAUGACUGCAUCCUGGACAUUGGGAUGCCGGUGAGGCACAACAAUGUUCGCUACAAUUGUCGUGUCAUUGUGCUGAACAGGAAGAUCCUGCUCAUCCGGCCUAAGAUGGCUCUGUGCGAGGAGGGGAACUACUUUGAGAGUCGAUGGUUCACACCCUGGACGCGACAACGUCAAAUCGAGGACUAUCCUCUCGAAGAUGCCAUAAGGAGCAUUACUGGCCAACGAACAGUGCCUUUCGGAGAUGCAGUUCUCACAACCAUCGACACAUCGGUCGCUUGCGAGACUUGUGAAGAGCUGUUCACUCCCGCUGCACCCCACGUUCCAAUGGGACUUAAUGGAGUCGAAAUAUUCACCAAUUCUUCUGGCAGUCACUAUGAGUUGCGUAAGCUUCAGACUCGUGUGUCUCUGAUUCGAGAAGCGACAAGGCAAAACGGUGGCAUAUACGUGUAUAGCAAUCAACGUGGCUGCUCAGGUGAUCGCUUGUACUAUGAUGGUUGUGCGAUGAUCAUCGUCAAUGGCAGACUACUCGCUCAAGGAAGUCAAUUCAGUCUGAAUGACGUUGAGACAAUCACUGCCAACGUCGAUAUUGAGGAUGUAAGAAGCUUUAGAGUCAGCCAUAGUAGAAACUUGCAGGCUGCUCAGGCAGAGCCUUAUCCUCGAAUCCACGCCGAGAUCCGCCUAAGCCACCCCCCACUGGAAGAAACCGGUACUAUUAUUCCUCCAUCGCCUGAUAUUCCAAUUCACUAUCACAGUGCUGCCGAAGAAAUUCAAUAUGCCCCAGCUUUAUGGAUGUGGGACUAUCUUAGAAGAUCGAGGACUGCCGGAUAUUUCCUUGCUUUAAGUGGUGGUGUCGAUUCAUGCAGUACAGCUGUCCUAGUCUGGUCCAUGUGCCGCCUUGUCUAUGAUGCCAUCACGUCGCCAAAGACCUUGCCACACACUCGCGAACUCGUCCUCUCCGAUUGCCGUAGAGUCUGCGCCCAAGAAGACGACUGGACACCCUCGAGUCCUCAAGAGAUAUGCAGUUUCAUCUUCCAUACCACCUACAUGGGUUCCAAAAACAGCUCCAGAGAAACCCGCACUCGUGCCGCCGAUCUUGCCAGGGCGAUCGGAGCGUACCAUCUCGACCUGAGUAUCGAUACCGUUGUUUCCGCACUCACCACCCUGUUCACCACCGUGACCGGUUUUGCUCCCUCCUUCACCUCAUCCAACGCUGCUGAAGGUCUCGCGCUACAGAAUAUCCAAGCCAGAAUACGCAUGGUCAUCGCGUACUUUUUCGCGCAACUUCUACCGAGCGUCCGCAAACGGAAGGGCAACGGUGGUCUCUUGGUCCUCGGCUCGGCCAACGUCGAUGAACAACUCCGUGGUUACCUGACCAAAUAUGAUUGCUCGUCAGCCGACAUCAACCCGAUCGGCGGCAUCUCCAAAGUUGACCUGCGCAUGUUCCUCGCGCACGCCCGCGACGAGCUCGAGCUCCCACUCCUCCAGUCCUUCCUCGACGCGACGCCUACGGCUGAACUCAUCCCGACCACGAACGCCGACUCCCACACGCAAUCCGAUGAGGUGGAAAUGGGCAUGACAUACGCGGAGCUCAGCGUGAUGGGUCGACUGCGGAAGAUCCACCGUCUCGGUCCGUGGGGCGUGUUCGAGAAGCUCCUGCCGCUCUGGACCGCGCCCCCGCCGGACCCCGAGACCAUUGCGACCGAAGACCACGGUGCUCAUUCCGACCCGCAGUACGUGCACAGCGUCGCGCACGGCGAGAGCAUGACCCCGCGUUCCGUCUACGAGAAGGUGCGUCGGUUCUUCUACUACUACGCCAUCAACCGGCACAAGCAGACGACGCUCACGCCAGGGUUGCACAUGGAACAGUACAGCCCGGACGACCACAGGUACGACAUGAGACCGUUCUUGUACCCCUCUUUCACGGCGCAAUAUAGAAAGAUGGAAGGCGCGGUGAAGGCGCUAGAGGAGCGGGAAGAGAAGAACCAAGAGGCCAAAGCUGGCGUCAACGGGGCUUGAACCCUAGGGUGUAGAUCAGGAUAGAACCCAGCGAGGAUGUCAACUUCAGAUUUACGACAAGGACGGUAAAUAACGACCAAACUCCUCCUUACCAAGGUGGUUACUCAGUCGUGUGCGUUUUGCAAAGGUACCUCUACGAGUGAUUCAGUGAGAAGAGAGACUCGAUAUUGUAACUGCCUCCGAAAAAAAU